ACAAACCAAAUGUCAAGUCAAAAAUAUCUCAUUAUAGAACCAUUUUAUGGAGGAUCUCAUAAACAGUUACUUGAUGCACUUUUGAAAGAUUUUAAUGAAACUGAUUACUUGUUAUUAACUUUGCCAGCUAAAAAAUGGCAUUGGAGAGCAAGAACGAGUGCUUUAUAUUUUUCGCAAAUAAUUCCGAAAGAUGUUUCUUACAAAACAUUACUGUGCAGUUCUGUUUUAAAUCUUACGGAGCUCAUAGGUUUAUGCCCCCAUUUACACACGUGUAAAAAAAUUAUUUAUUUUCAUGAAAAUCAACUUAUUUAUCCAGUCGAGUAUAAAAAAGAAAGGGAUUUUCAAUAUGGAUAUAAUCAAAUCAUAUCUUGUUUGACUGCCGAUAAGGUCAUUUUCAACUCCGAAUACAACAAAAAUUCAUUCUUAUCAAACAUUCAAAAACAUUUAAAGAUGCAACCUGGAAUUAAGUUUCAAGGACUAGAAGAACAAAUUAUUCCUAAGUGUUCUGUGUUAUAUUUUCCUGUAGUCUUUGAUUCAAUUCCAAAAUUAAGAGUUUCAAAAGAGCAAAACUUACCAAUUCAUAUAGUUUGGCCUCAUAGAUGGGAGCAUGAUAAAAAUCCAGAAUUGUUUUUAGAAACUAUGAUGAAAAUGAAGGAAAAUAAUAUACAAUUCAGAUUAUCAGUGCUUGGAGAACACACAACAGAUGUGCCUGAAAUAUUUAAUAAAGCCAAAGAGAUAUUAGUAGAUAAUAUUAUAAAUUUUGGUUAUGCAGAAAGUAAAGAAAAGUAUUAUGAAGUUCUAUUAAAUGCUGAUAUAGUAGUAUCUACAGCAAAACAUGAAUUCUUUGGAGUAGCAAUGAUAGAGGGAACAUAUUGUGGGUGCCUACCAAUUGCACCGAAUAGUUUGGUCUAUCCUGAAAUUUAUCCUAAAGAAUGUCUAUAUAAUACUAGUAAUCAACUAUAUAAGUUACUCACCAAAUUUUGUAAAUACCCCAAAAUACUAGAAGAAACAAAAAUUAGAGUAUUCGAGACAUUUUCCUUCAGCAAAUAUGAUUCUAAUGUUCUUAUUCCUGCAUUUAGAAGAUUAUUAGAUUAA